AUGGAAGUCUGGGUGCAAAUAGGAUACCAUUGCAUUGCUGACAGUGGCAUAGAACAGAGCUCUGAAGAGACAGAUGCCAGUAGGUUGGUCUCAGAGCAUGGCAAGAAGCAAGCUCGCAAAUGUGCUAAGCCCUCAAAGGAUGAUGACGAAAUGGAAUCAAUGGGUGACCAAACCUCCAGCAAGGAAGAAGAUGAGUUGGAUGAAUAUCUGGAUGACAACCUUCCCAAAUGGAAGAAGAGUGACAAUUGUGAUGAGCUGCAAUGCAUCAUAAUGUAUCUGGACCCAGAGUGCCUGUCCGCCUAUCCUGCUGAUGCCCAGAAAUCCCUGCAAGUUGCAAAGGCACACAUUUGUAUCUUGAUCACUGUGGAGGAUGCUUUCCUGAAGGAUGGCACAAUGCUGUGCACAUUGAUAAACAAGGCUGUCAACCAAGCAAACAUCUCCUGCAUCCUUGACAGUCUUCCAGUGGUGACACUGACAGAAGGGGUGCUCAAAAUGCUUACAGGAGAACCAGCACAUUUUCAAGGAUCUGUGAAGACUAGUGCAAGAAUGGUGGUCAAGAAGCUGUAUCAGUUUGCUGACAAGACACACUGGCCCAAUGCAGCUUCCAUCAAAAUGUUCAUCCAUCAGUUGACAAACGAGUGGAAGAACUUCCUCUUUGUGUGCUUCAACCCAGCCAAUAUUCUCUACAUCCUCCAAGAGUGGGAAGAUGGCACUCAGACCAUGCAGUUGUUUGCUGGCCUUCCCUACUGGAAGGAUUAUCUGUGGAUCAUCCAGUGCAUCGAAAGGUUCGACCAAGCCUUGCAUGCCAAGGAGCAGAAUGUGUGGAAGGAUCUGGUGACUAACCUGACAAAAGACAUUGGGACAUCAAGCUGUGAGCCCCAGCUUGGGUCUGCAAGUAGGAAGAACAGGAUGGACCUCAGACAAGACAUGUGGAGGAUGGGUCAUAUGGGAUUUGUGAAACUUGGGAUCCUGGACCAGAUGGAGGGUGUAAGAACAUUUCACCCAUAA